AUGGUGGAAAGAAUUCUCGAACUAGAGAAAGUAAUAAGAACAGUUUUAGCACUGUUGGAUAAAAAAAAAUUGCCAAUUAUAUUUGUAGAAGAAUGGCAACUUUUAAAAGACGUCAAAAAGAUUUUGGAACCUUUGGAAUGCAUAACUAAAAUGGUAAGUGGUGAAAGUUAUAUGGUUUUAUCUUCUAUCAUUGUUUUAACAAAUGGAUUAGAAAAUAUGAUUUCUAAAUUAAAAAAGGAAGAAUUAUUUGAACAAGCUCUUACUAUGGUGAAUAGAAUGUUACAUAGCCUUAAAUCACGCCUCGGAGAUCUAGAAAGUAGUAGAACCUUAACAAUAUCUACCUUUUUAGAUCCUAGAUUUAAAAAUAUAGCAUUUUCAAGUGAUUGUAUAUUAGAACGAACAAAAAAAGAGGUAAUAAAUUUAGUUGCAUAUAAAAUUCAAAAAGAAGAAGCCAGUACCCGAAAUAAUCGAGAAAAGACUGAAAAUUAUUUCCCUUGUACGAGUACUAAUGAAUCUACGAGUACUAAAAGUUGUUUGUCAAUAAGGACUAAUUUAGACCAAAAAGCAGCAACAGCUCAGCCAACUAGUACUUCAUCUUCACGAGCAAUUGUAGAAGUUCAGAGAUAUUUAGAAGAAGAACUAUUAAAUAGAGAAUCUGAUCCAUUAGUGGAAAGAGCAUUCAUACAAUUACCCCUUUUUAUCGAAGGUCGUUAUUGA